AUGUUGUUUAUUGUGGGGCAUGAGGUUAUGAGCCAAAGUACAAGAGCUUCAAGCAGCAGUUGGAGCGUCGCUUCCCCGGGAAGCUUGAGAUUACUGGUGAAGGGACGCCUCAGUCAACUGGCUGGUUUGAAGUUCAAGUUGUGGAUGGUCCACUUCUCCAUUCUAAAAAGAAUGGUGACGGAUAUGUGGACAGUAACAAGUUGCAGCACAUCAUUUCAGCCAUUGAAAAAUUGUUGUAACACCUAAAAUGUGCGUACACUUAACUGUAUCUGGUGUAAGCCAUAUGACUGAAUGUAGGUAAAGUUUCGCCUACUUUCAUGAUGCCUGCUCUACCCACAUCUGCUAACGUGUACCACUUCUGGAUCUGUCAUUCAUUCAUAAAUAAAUAAGUCAUUUCAUAUUGUCUCUUGAUUGCUAAUAAGCUAAUGGUGGGUUCUAUUAAUAUUGAGUUACAAUGAGUCAAGGUGAAGCGAUAGUUUCUUUAAGUUACAACAUAGAUGGUCAAAUGAACUUUCUAAUAUGGAAUUGAAUUCUAACGCAGUGCCUAGGUUCUACACUUACAUUAAUGAUAGGUGGUCAAAACCUGUAAAGAUUCGGUUGUCACAUUUGAAUUGAACUCUGUUCUCAACUAAAUUUGGCUUCUGUGUUUGGGUACGAAGUCAUAGUUUUUCAGAUACAGAUGACGAAAAGUAGUGAGCUCUUAUAGCGUAUAAAAACUUACAAUAUGCACCUCUGUAGAGAUGUAAUUUCUCCUUAUAAGUGUACACCACGAGGUGAU